GCACUUCUGGACUUUCUGUUCUACUAUUAUGAAUUCCUAUUAGGCUUCAUCACAGCCUAAAAGUCAUUUAUAUCAGCCCAAGUCAAUACAUAAGAUGGACUCAACUGUGUGGCUUUUCUGUUGUGGAAGGAGGGUAAUGAUCCAGGGUAGUGUAGAACCUAAAAGGACGCUAUGACCUAAAUGAAAAAUGUCACCAUUGCUUCGUCUGCUGCAGACAGGCCCACUCAACUGCUACGCAGUGGCACUAUGUUCCCGAGUGUCACUAAAUUCGGCUCUCCGUCUGAAAUCCCAGCCCGCUUCAUUGAGAGAAACAUCAGUAUCAGAGGCAGAGUGAGGAGCGUGACGGAAGGAGGCCUUGAAGUGGAACACAUCCCAAUUUAUGUCCCCUUAGUGUCUCCCCUGCUGACUAAACGUCAGCCCGUGGCCUCCCUGGAUGUGCGUCUGGCUGGGGUGGAGCUGACCCCACAGGGCUGUGACUGGCUCUCUGAAUGUCUUAGGCCACCCCAGAUGGUGUGGCUCCGGCUCAUCAGCCGUCAGGACCAGAGACUGCAUUGCCUGGUGUCGGUCAGCAGGGGUUCCCUGUUUAACACAUGUGUGAAUGAGGAGGUCUUGCGCUUAGGUCUGGGCAGAACCGCCCCUCUCCAAGGCCUGGACCCUCACUCUCGACUCUACUUGAAGCUCCACAGACGGCUGUUGAAGUCCGAGCUGAAGGCCGAGAGGAAGGGGGAAGGCCUUUGGAAAGAGGACAGUCUGAGAGAGCGGCUCACUCGGGCCCUCAGCGACAACACAGUGGUUAAAGCCGUGAAGAGAGUGUUGAAGUGGAUGUCAAGGGUGAAGGAUCGGUGAAGCUGCCCUGGCCACCUGCGACAUCAGUGUUGGACGAACUCCUUGUUUAUUUUUUUAUUUUAUGAGAAAUAUUUUAGUUGUGUGGUCAGUUCCUCCAGCACCAUCACAUACAUCCGUCGGCCACUUUAUUAGAAACGACUACCUGGUGACUAGAAACUGACUGCAGUCCAUCUCCAUGUCCGAUUUGUGUUCGCUGUCUUCUAGCUCUUCAUCAGUGGUCAGUUUCUAACCACAGAGCCACUCUGCCUUCAUACUAGCAGCACAUACACUACCAUGUCAGUGCCACUGCUGUGCUAAGAAUGGACCAUCACCCAAAGAAUAUCUGGCCAGCAGUGGUCCUUUGGCCAUAUUGGGGUAGAGAGUAGCUAAUUGUGCAGCAAAAGAUACGAUGCAGAUAAAAAUAAAGUAUAAGAUCUGCCAUAACCUUUACACAGGCCACAUUUUUUUGUGUUUUCUUUUCCCUAAAUAUUAAAUUCAACACAUGAAUAAUAAUAAUAGUAGUAAUGUUAGUAAUACUGCAUCAAAAUGUGCAGAGACUUUGUACUUGUUUUCACCCAGAACAGGCAGUUUUAACAAGUGGCACGAAACAUCUGCUUACGACUGUAUAUAGUGGACCUAAGUGAACUUCAUAAAGUGGCCAGAAACACAAGGUUGGUGCUUCUAAUAAAGUGGACAGUGAGUGCUCUUGUUAAUCAUUAUAGUCCCUCGAACAGGUAAGAGCAAUAUUGGCUACAUUCGAGUAAAACAGAUAUCGUGAAUUCUGGCCUCUUUUCCACUGUAAGACCAAACAAUUCCGAGCGCGUACUGUUACCCUUAUAGUAGCAUUUACACAUGAAUAUGGUUUGACAUAGAACCAUGCUCAGCAUGUUUUUCUUGGUGUCGCCAGCUAAGCUUACUCAGGGCCUCAGAACUGUUUGGUGGUGUGAUGCAAUGACGUAUUCGCUGAAUGGUUCUGUGUUUAUGUCGGUGUUGUGCUGCGCAUCCUGCCAAAGCAACAUCUGCUAAAUGUUAAACAGCUCUGCUUGCUAGAAAAAGGAGUUAGUUAGCAUUAGGUUAGCUAGCAUGCUGCCAGCCCUUCCCACCACAGAACAGGUUCAGUUCUGUCUGACAGAAGCUACUGACAGAAGUUUAGAAGAUGAUGACUGCAAUCUGAGAUGAUACAAGCUCGUAUCUCCACAUCUGUCAAAUGACAGGCUAAGGGUUCCAUUCGUUGCAGUACAGGCUUGGUUCCAGCUAAUCGAUGCUCAGAUAACACCCAUUUAGAGAAUAAAGACUCCGAGAGCACAAAACUGAGUGACUGGUGUUGGAAUGAAAGCAGGAAUCAAACAUGUUCUAUAGCCUUUAGCCUGUGAGCUAUUGCUGAGCCAUGAGUGUGUCUCAUUUUCUUCUGGUUCAGAUUUAGCAGCACAGCAGAAGAAAAAAGAAACUGUCUCAUAAGUCUGCACCAGAGUGGAACUACACAUUAUGGCUUUGAGAACCAUUUGGCUCUGCAGUGGAAAAGAGGCCUAUAGUGUCAUUAGCCAUAACAAGGGGACGGCAUCUGCAUUCGGUUAGCCAGUGAAAGCAUGUAGUCUAGCAUUUGAUGAUUCUUCUUAGCCUACCCCAGAAAUGAAAGGCUAGAACGAGUCCAUCCAAGCAAGCACUAUGAUGUCCUACUUAAAAGAUUUGGUACAACUCUGACAGUUCGCCUUAAGGGAACUCUUCCAUCUCCUUCCUCUUCUUGAGCGUGCUUUGAUGCAGCCAGCACUUGUCAAGUCUGGAUCUGUUGGUUUUCACACAUGCCUGCAUAUACAGUCCGUCCCCACAUUUCACAGCAACACGUGAGGCUUCUUAAGAUGUCUUUUUGAACCAGGAUCAGUCUCGUAACUGCGUGCAUCCUUGGAGUUUGUGAGCAUAAUCCUGAUGACUAAGAGCAUUUUUGCUUGCUUGUCUCCAUGUCCUCAUAUCCCACAAUCCUUCUGGUUCCUUUUUCCCUGAAGAAGGAGGGGGGUGGGGGCAUAUUAUGCCUGUGACAAAGCUGAUGGGGGUCUUGUGGUGCACCUCUGGAGACAAUAGGGAAAGGGCAGGGGGGGAGCUAUUGCCAUAGAAACGCCAAAUCCAGAAGACAAAGUGCAUUGAAAAAAACGUGGUACCUUCUCAUGGUCCUAGAGGCCCUACACUGUGAGAAGGGGAUAGUAAACCAAGGAGAGUAUUGAGGGGAAUGAAUCAGAGUGGAGGAGAGAUUAGCUGCUCUUGAGAGCCAGAAGCAGUAGCUCUUUAUGCUCUUAUAAUGGCCCUGGAUCUUUUUUUAAUCACGCCAAACUUGUGUAAAACAUGGUUAGCCUUUGUAUCUCUGUGUAUGCUGUAACAGACGCUGAUGUUCUUGGUGAUUUGGUGACUUUGGCAUGAUUUAAUGGGCCAAGUUGUUAGUCUCUUUAUGCUAAAUUAACUUCCAUGGCAGGCGUUAGAACCUUCUUGUCCUUCUAACAAAAAGCAAAGUGUUGUAGGAAGUGCAAGUAGCAAAACUCAGUGGGGAUGGAAGGCUGAGUCUUGUUAGGCCAAAGAGUAAAGAGUUAAGCAGAAGCUUAAGAAGCGUCCUAUGGCCCCCCUGGUGUGUUGAGAACCAGAGGAGGUCUUAUGGAGGGGACGUUUUUGCUGAGUCAGCACUGGGUGUGUAUAAUUCAAAUUACAACUUAUUGAUUUUCAGCAGCAG